AUCGUGAACCUGCUUGUUAGAAAAAGUGUUUAAAUAGAAGGAGAAGAAGUAGAUUCAGUGAUUAGCUGCUAACGUAGAGAAGGAGCCUCAGGAAGCAGAGUUUUAAUGCACAGCAGGAAGUUCAGUUCUCACUUUAAUCUUUGAUCAUUAUAUUCAUGUCAUCACAUAUUAACAGUUUACUUCUCACUGGUGUUCUGCAUGUUUUUCCUCUUCAUGGUUUGAAUGGGCAGUUGUGGUUGCAGUUGUUAGAAGCCAUGGUCCAAGCCAAGACGUGGGUCCUGACCAAACACUUCGAUGGCUUCCCGAAGGACAGCGACUUCCAGCUGAAGACGGAGGAGCUGCCCGAGCCCAAGGAUGGAGAGGUGCUUCUGGAGGCCUUGUUUCUCAGCGUCGACCCGUACAUGAGGCCGUUCAGUCGGGUUCGCAUGAAGGAGGGCGAGGUGAUGAUUGGAACUCAAGUGGCCAAAGUGAUCCAAAGUAGAAACCCAGCGUUUCCCGUGGGGAGCCAUGUGGUCGGGCGCUGUGGCUGGAGAACCCACACGCUCAGCGACGGCACGGGCCUUAUUCCCAUCAUGCCCGAGUGGCCUCAAGACGUCUCGUUGUCUCUGGCUCUGGGCACCAUCGGCAUGCCAGGGCUCACGGCGCUGUAUGGCAUCGAGGAGGUGUUGGGACUCCAGAAAGGUGAGACGCUGCUGGUGAACGCAGCAGCCGGCGCCGUGGGCUCCGUGGUGGGCCAGAUCGCCAAGAUCAAGGGCUGCAGGGUGGUGGGCUCGACUGGCUCUGACGCCAAGGUGGCCUUCCUCAAAGAGCUGGGCUUCGACGAGGCCUUCAACUACAAGACCGUGGGCUCCCUGGAGGAGGCGCUGAAGAGAGCGGCUCCGGAGGGAUAUGACUGCAUGUUUGAAAACGUGGGAGGCUCCUUUUCGAGCGUGGCCCUGCACCAGAUGAAGAACUUCGGAAGGAUCGCAGUGUGUGGGAGUAUUUCUGUGUACAAUGACUCCACACCUCAGGAGGGUCCGUACCCACAUCUCACCAUGAUCUUCAAGCAGAUAAAGAUGGAGGGCUUCAUGCAGUCCAGGUGGGAGCAUAAAAACCCAGAAUCCCUCAAGAGGCUGGUGGGAUGGUUGAAGGAGGGCAAAAUUCAGAGUCGGGAGCAUGUGACAAAGGGCUUUGAGAAGAUGCCAGCUGCUUUCAUGGGGAUGCUGCAGGGAGAAAACAUCGGAAAGGCCGUCAUCGCAGUCUGAACACGGGGUCGAGAACAGCAUCUGCAAAAAUAACUCUUAUCUACAUUUAAACAUGAAGGAUGAGCAAUACACAGGCACAAGGAACAAGAGGCUGACCCAUCAGAUGAAGCUGAUAAUAGAGUUUCUGAUAUGAAUAUAUCAGCUGAUACAUACAGGAUAAGAGAGGAAAACGUUAGGCUUGAUAUAUUUACAGUUUAUAACUAAAUUAAAUCUGCAAAUUUAAGGGCAGAUUUGUCUUAAAGACUCAUAUCCGUAGCCACCACCAUAAAGCAUUAUAGAUAAAGACACUUGAUAUUGAUACUUUUUAAAAACAUAAGUUGCAUUUACUUCUAGUUUAUUCAUUUUAAAGGUUUUCACAGCGGACAACGAUCCCCAUGUUUGAGUGAAUGUAAGUAGGGAGAGACCAGACAGCUGAUGGAAGAUACACAGGAUGGUUGUUCCUAGAUGAUCUGUGUGGAUCUGCUGCUAAAACUUCACGUACUGUUACAUAAUCAACCAGGUGCUUUCUAUUAAAUAAGCAAUUAUUAAGGCAAUAAACGUUUUUGUUUGAAUUAUC